AUGCCGCACAUCAUUGUGGAGAUGCCAGCAGAGCUGAGGUCCAGCAGCUCUGCCAAGGACUCUGCUUCACUGAGGCCAUCAAUUCAAUUUCAAGGAAGCCAAGGGCACAUCUCCAUCCCCCAACCUGACGGCCCCGCGCAGGCGCGCACCUUCUCCUUCUACCUCUCCAACAUCGGCCGCGACAGCCCCCAGGGCAGCUUCGACUGCAUCCAGCAGUACGUCUCCAGCCAUGGAGACGUCCACCUGGACUGCCUGGGCAGCAUCCAGGACAAGAUCACGGUGUGCGCCACUGAUGACUCUUACCAGAAGGCACGGCAGAGCAUGGCGCAGGCGGAGGAGGAGACGCGCAGCCGCAGCGCCAUCGUCAUCAAGCCUGGAGGCCGCUACUUGGGCAAGAAGGUUCAGUUUCGGAAGCCUGCCCCAGGGGCGACAGAUGCCGUGCCCUCCCGGAAGCGGGCGACCCCCAUCAACUUAGCCAGUGCCAUCAGGAAGGGUGGCGCUGGUGGUGUCAGUGGGGGCAGCGGAGUGUCCCAGAGGCCCUUCCGUGACCGGGUGCUGCACCUGCUGGCGCUGAGGCCUUACCGCAAGGCCGAGCUGCUGCUACGGCUGCAGAAGGAUGGCCUGACACAGGCAGACAAGGAUGCGCUGGACGGCCUCCUCCAGCAGGUGGCCAAUGUGAGUGUCAAGGACGGCACCUGCACGCUGAGGGACUGCAUGUACAAGGACGUGCAGAAGGACUGGCCCGGCUAUUCGGAGGGGGACCAGCAGCUGCUGAAGCGGGUGCUCGUCCGGAAGCUGUGCCAGCAGCCACAGGGUGCUGGCAGACUCCCCAGAGACACCGCUGCUUCCAGCCCCCUGACUGAGCUAGGGAGCUUGGCCUCACCCCCUCAGAAGCGACUGCAGCCUACUGACUUCAUCGACCCCCUGGCCAGCAAGAAGCCCCGGAUAUCGCACUUCACCCAGAGAACCCAGCCUGCGCUCAAUGGGAAACUGGGUGCGUCCAAUGGUCGUGAGGCCUUGUCAUCUGCCCAGGGCCUGCUGGCCGACACAGACACCCUCAGCUCCAGCAGCCACCUGCCACCGCGGCUAGAACCCCCAAGGGCCCAUGAUCCUUUGGCUGAUGUCAGCAACGACCUGGGCCACAGUGGCCGGGACUGUGAGCACGGGGAGGUGGCCACCCGGGACCCUGCAAUGUGCCUCGGCCUGCCCCGGCUGACGGACUGUGCCCAGCCUGGCAGGCCCCACAGCAGCUCCUUGCACAGCAAGUCCAAGAAGAAGUCCAAAAAGCACAAAGACAAGGAGCGGGCAGCUGAGGACACGCUCCGGGCCCAGCCGCCAGACUGUGUACCUGCCACCCAUGGACCCCCGUCAGACGCCCCGGGUUUCAACGGAGCCUGUGGUGCGGCCAGUGUCCCCACGUCCACGUCCGAGACGCCCGACUACCUACUAAAAUACGCAGCCAUUAUGUCUUCGGAGCAGCGCCAGAGCUACAAGAACGACUUCAACGCCGAGUACAGCGAGUACCGGGACCUACACGCACGCAUCGAGCGUAUCACGCGGCGCUUCACACAGCUGGAUGCCCAGCUCCGGCAGCUCUCCCAGGGCUCUGAGGAGUAUGAGACCACUCGAGGGCAGAUCUUGCAGGAAUAUCGAAAAAUCAAGAAGACCAACACCAACUACAGCCAGGACAAGCAUCGCUGCGAGUAUCUGCACAGCAAGUUGGCACACAUCAAGAGGCUCAUCGCAGAGUACGACCAGCGGCAGCUGCAGGCACGGCCCUAG